AUGUGGGCGCUUCGCAGAGCUUCAUCUCGUCUCGGAAAUCAAGGAUUGAGCUCAGGGACUGGUCGAAUCUUCUGUGCAAAACCAGAUAUAGCGAGAAGAAGCUUUUCUGAAAGUUACCAUGCUGGAGUUAUCGAACCACAAGAAAAAACCUUUGAUGGGUUUUUAACUUCCUCAAAAUUCUUUCGCACAUCAUCCGGUUUCAAAAAGUCAACCCGUGAAAUCCGUUCUUUUUCGUCCGGGGCCGAUGCUAAGAGCGCACAGGAGGACAAUGAUGACUUGGAUGAUGAUCUAGCUAAGUCGGAUCUAUCUGAAGAGGAUGAUGGGACUACAGAUGAACUGCAGACUGAGUUUGAAGCUUUAGGUGACGAUGUUGCAGAAAAGAAUUCGCCUGGAACAAAAGCUUCUUCAGAAAUGGCUAAGGCUAUUCUACGCUCACUCAAUGUGCCUGUGAGCAAGGUUCUGAAUGAAUGGCUUGAGGAAGGAAAUGAGUUGAGCCCAACUGAAGCUACAUUAGCCAUGCUUCAACUUCGGAGAAGAAAGAUGUUCGGCAAGGCAUUGGAGCUGUCCGAGUGGCUAGAAUCCAAAGAAUGCUUCGAGCCCUCAAACGCCAGCUACGCCUCCCGAGUCGACCUGAUCGCCAAAGUGCGAGGACUCUACAAAGCCGAGGAUUACAUCAAUCAGAUACCCGAAUCCUUCAAAGGCGAGCUCGUCUAUCGAACCCUACUCGCUAACUCUGUCUCGUUCAACAACUUGAGGAAAGCCGAGGCGACAUUCAACAAGAUGAAAACUUUAGGCUUUCCCAUGUCGUGCUUUUCCUGCAAUCAGCUCCUCCUUAUCUACAAACACACGGACAGGAAGAAACUAUCCGAUCUCCUUCUUCUAAUGGAGAAAGAAAAAAUAAAGCCCUCUACCUUCACGUACCAGAUCCUCAUCGACAUCAAGGGCCAAUCGCACGAUAUUCCUGCCAUGGAGCAGAUCUUGGCCCAGAUGAAGUCCGACGGGCUUCAGCCCACCACCCAGAUACAGGUGAACAUGGCCCGCCACUACGCAGCCCAAGGGCUCAAAGACAAAGCCGAAGCCAUUUUGAAGGAGAUCGAAGGCGAAGAAGGGUUGGAAAAAAACCGAUGGGCCUGCCGGUGGCUUAUGCCCAUCUACGCCUUGCUCGGCAGAGAAGACCAAGUCGAGCGAAUAUGGAAAGUCUGCGAAAACGACAACCCGUGGGUGUUGGAGUGCUUGACAGCUGUCGAGGCUUGGGGACAGCUGUCGAGGGUUGACAAAUCCGAGGAGGCUUUCGAGAAGCUCUGUAAAAAAGUGAAUAACCCAAACUCGAAGCAGUAUGCGGCACUUCUCCGCGUGUAUGCGAAGAACAAAAUGCUCGAUAAAGGAAAAGAGCUCGUGAGGCGAAUGGGGGAGAGCGGACGCGAGCUGGGCUCUACUUCUUGGGACGCGCUCGUGAGGCUUUAUGUUGGAGCUGGCGAGGUGGAGAAGGCAGACUCGGUUCUUGCGAAGGCCGUGGAGCAGAGGAAAGGGAGGCCUCUUUUCGUGACUUAUUUGGCGAUAAUGGAAGGUUACGCGGGGCGUGGUGACGUGCACAAUGCGGAGAAGGUCUUGAUGAUGAUGAGGCGAGCGGGUUACUCGUCGAAGCUGAAGCCUUACCAGAUUCUUUUGGAGGCGUAUGUGAAAGGGGGGAAAACAGCUUAUGGGAUGAAUGAGAGGUUGAAGGCGGAAGGGAUUUUCGUGAACGGGAAGAUGGCGAGGCAGUUGGCCAAGAUAGACCCGUUUAGGAAGACGAACGUGUCGGAACUGAUCGAGUGA